UAUAGCGGUUCAGGUAGAAUGUCCUAACCGAAUGACUAAACGUGCUUAAAUUAAUUAAAUUGUACCGGGUUAGGAAGGACUGACAGUGCCGUGAGUUCAUGUUGGCAAAACAUAGCUUUCAUGUUUGCUUUAGGAGACAAACAAACGCCUGCAAGGCUUUACUCUAGGCAGAAUUUAAAUAGUGUGUAAAGUUGCCCGCCUUGACUUGUAUUUUGGGCAUUUACCCACAAGUCUUUACCCUCUUUUACCUCAUAUUUUCACACUCGUUUCAGCGCCGUCUCUUAAAUAUAAAGUAACAUUCACAGAUGAUCUGUCACGCGGAAAGUCCUAUUGUGUGUAGCCAAAGUUGAAACAGUCGCUGCACGUUGGAGCGCCGCACUCCGCCGUUAGCCCAACCGCCGGGUUCCUCCUUCCUCCUUCCUCCGCUCCGGAGCGGUCUGCGGUCCCACACUCAACAUGUCCGCCGGGGAGCUCUACGUCCGCUCGGCAGGAAUGCGGUAGGCGGGGCCGAUCACGCUGGUGGUGUCAAACUUUGAGGGGGAUGACGGGAGUGCGGCAGGAUUCGAUAAGGAGGAGAAGCGUCGUCCUCGUUUGGAUUACUUUGACUCCCCUUUUUUUUUUUUUUUAAAACACCCAGUCUAUAGAUUAACCGCCUCCUUAAAAUAUAGAGGACGUCCCUCUCAGCGCACUCCUCAGCCAUGUCGGAGGACCUGAGCUCUCAAACCUGGUCCAUCAACAAAGAUGAUUACGAGCUGCACGAGGUUAUUGGGAGCGGGGCCACGGCGGUGGUUCAAGCCGCCUUCUGUUUACCACGCAGGGAGAAGGUGGCCAUCAAACGUAUCAACCUCGAGAAGUGCCAGACCAGUAUGGACGAACUCCUGAAAGAGAUUCAAGCCAUGAGCCAGUGCCACCACCCCAACAUCGUGUCUUACUACACCUCGUUCGUGGUGAAGGAUGAGCUGUGGCUGGUCAUGAAGCUGCUCAGUGGUGGCUCGGUGCUGGACGUGAUCAAGCACAUCAUCUCACGAGGGGAACACAAGCAGGGCGUCCUGGAUGAGGCCAGCAUAGCCACGGUGCUGAAAGAUGUGCUCGAGGGCCUGGAGUACCUGCACAAGAACGGACAGAUCCACAGAGAUCUCAAAGCUGGAAACAUUCUCCUUGGGGACGACGGCUCAGUGCAAAUUGCAGACUUCGGCGUCAGUGCCUUUCUUGCCACAGGUGGUGACAUGACGCGAAACAAAGUGCGCAAAACCUUUGUGGGAACGCCAUGCUGGAUGGCCCCAGAGGUCAUGGAGCAGGUGAGGGGUUAUGAUUUCAAAGCAGAUAUCUGGAGUUUCGGGAUCACGGCCAUUGAGUUUGCCACGGGGGCCGCGCCUUAUCACAAGUACCCACCGAUGAAGGUCUUGAUGCUGACGCUGCAGAACGACCCCCCCGGCCUGGAGACCGGCAUCACGGACAAGGAGAUUGUGAAGAAAUACGGCAAAUCCUUCAGGAAGAUGGUGUCCUUGUGUCUGCAGAAGGACCCGGAGAAAAGGCCGACCUCCUCGGAGCUGUUGAAGCAUAAAUUCUUUCAGAAAGCAAAGACUCAUGAGUAUUUACACGAGAGGCUGCUCCAGAGGGCGCCCACGAUACGGGAGAGGUCAAAACGGGUGCGGCGAGUGCCGGGCUCCAGCGGUCGGCUCCACAAAACGGAGGACGGCGAGUGGGAGUGGAGCGACGACGAGCUGGACGAGGAGAGCGAAGAGGGCCGACUGGCCGUCGCCGCCCUGCGGGAGCAGCAGGCGAAGCCUGUUCACGCCACCAGGCGACAAGUGCGCUUCUCCUACCCACUCGAGCUGCCUGCGUCCAGGUCACCGAGGGUAAAGGAGGGAUCGCAGAAUUCAGAGGUCUUCCAGACUCCGGAGCCCUUCGGUAGUCCGGUCCAGCCCACGGCAGCGGGCGAGUUUGAGCGUGGGCUGCAGGUCCCACUGCAGCCCACGCCGGUCAGCACGCUGCCCGCCGCCCAGGCUGCUUCUCCCACACCAGCUGUACCCACUGCUGCUCUCUCACAGGUGCAAGCUGCCCCCAGCGACGUCAAUGCCCCCAUUAGUUUGGUAUUACGGUUAAGAAAUUCAAAGAAGGAGCUGAAUGACAUCCGCUUUGAAUUCAUGCCAGGGAGAGACACGGCGGACGGCGUGUCCCAGGAGCUGGUGUCAGCAGGCCUGGUGGACGGGAGGGACUUAGUAAUAGUUGCUGCAAAUUUGCAGAAAAUAGUUGAUGAACCUCAAGCCAAUAAAAAUGUCACUUUUAGACUGGCGUCUGGAACGGAGGAGUCUGAGAUGCCGGACGACGUCAAACUGAUGGGCUUUGCUCAGCUCAGCAUCAGUUAAACUGUUGAACUACCCGGGGGCCGCGGCUCGCCUAAAAAAAAUGUGAAAACACAACAAAGAAAUACAGUUUGAUUCAUUUCUGUUCCCGUGGCGUUGAAGAAACCCCGACUGCCAAAGAAAACAGUACCUUUUUUUGUCACCCGUAGGAUUACACGAUGCCAUGUUCAAUUCAGCAGAAGCGUCAGACAGUAAAAGAAUCCCUCCGAAAAAAAAAAGAAAUGUUUACAGCUUCCGUUAUGUGUAGAAGGAUGCUGGAGGAUCUCAAAGGAGCCGCCACGGCUCUCCUUUCUGCUCUCUGUUUAGUAUGUGAUGCAUUUGCACAAUCUCAACUAACGCCCUUGAAUAAGUGUAACAAUGCCUUAUAUUCAUCAGAACUACUGAAUGCACGUUUUUGGGGAAGUCCCCACUUACCAUAUGAAGCAUUAUUCCGUCUGAAAUGUUCAAAUGUGGUUUCUCUCGCUCGCGUCAGACUUUUUAUUUUUCACUUUGACGGACGGUACGAUGCUGCUCACUGAGCCGGCCGAAGGACGCACUCCUGCAGCCAACGAGCGUGAAGCGGAUUUACGCUGUCCGAAGGAAGUGAACGUUCAACAGCCUCUGAAAGGACAACGCUGCUUUUAUUCUCUAUUCCUUGAAAUAAUUGGCGUCUAUUUUCUGCACGAAAAGACCAAAACCAACAAUGUGUUUGAUUCACAGGUCAGAUAUUAGACAAACCCAGAAGCCUCAUACUUUAUGAGUGUCGACACAACCAGCUCCAAUAGCAACGGAAGGUCUCCUGAGGAAAGAGAUUGAAUGAUUACACGUACACAGAUUGCUGUGUUCUUAAAGUGAUGAAAUCCUCAAAGAAUUCACUAACAACGGGAAAAAGUAGGGAAAAGGAGUUGCUGGCAUUGUAGUUAUGAAACAAAAAGCUUAACGACGGGCCGAAACCACAAGUCUUGUGUGCGCCUGUCGACUAUUUGUGUCCCUUUGGGGAAUCCGUUUGCCAAGAAAAAGACUUUUAAGUGCAUUUGUGUUUAUGGGGACGAAACACGAGAACUGGACUCAACCCUCUUCAUGUAAAUAACGUUGUUCUGCUUUGACUUGUUUUUAUUCUGAGCGCUUCACUCUCGGCCUUCCUUCCCCCCCACGGAACACGACGACCUUCCGUCACUAUACCGUACGACACUUAUUUACUCCGUGAGGAGUUUGAAUAUAUAUAUCGUUCAGUAAAAUGUCCCCAGGUUUUAAGCCGAGUCCCGGGCCAAUCAGUGUGCAGCUCUUGGUGAACACCAAGUGGAGAAGUGCAGCUGCCACAUUAGAAGGAAAAUACACAUCCUGCUCAGAGAUGUCACAUGAUGACAUCUGCAAGAUCUUGAUGUUACGUUUAACAUUAGCCUCCAGUAGACGACCAAGAGUUGUUUUUGUUUGUGGUGUCUUUUUGAGAUGUAGAUCUUGUGUAGAUACCUGAAAUAUUGACACACACACACACACACACACGUGGGUCGGCCCUGUGAAGGGGAAUUAAUGUUACACUACAUUUUUAAACAGCAGUGUGCGUGUUAGUGUGUGUGUGUGUGUGUGUUGUGUAGAUUGAGCCCUGCUUCUAGAGGUUCAUGGCUGUUCUCAUCCUUUCUUCUACCCUCGUCUCUCACUUUACUGUCACAGCGCGGUGGCAACUGAACAGAUGACCGACAAAAAACACUUUUGUCCAGGCAAUAACUCAUCAGCCUGUAAUAUAUUUGAAUUUUCCGGCAGUUUUUAGUUAUUUUGUUCUUUCAUUUGGUCCUUUUGUAGUUUAAAGCAUGUUUCUCUUGGGUUUUUAUUCAAUAAAGAAUGAGCAUAUCAGCCUUCUCUUGAAA